GCAACAUUCCGCAGAGCAGAGGAAGAGACGGCAGACAGACACCGCACCUUCGACCAAGGUAAAGCAUGGCAAUGACGGGCCAAAGCUCAUGCUCCUCCAUGAGUAACCACACCAAGGAGCGGGUCACCAUGGCCAAGGUGACCCUGGAGAACUUCUACAGUAACCUCAUCGCCCAGCACGAGGAGAGAGAGAUGAGACAGCAGAAGUUGGAGAAGGUGAUGGAUCAGGAGGGCCUGGCUGAUGAAGAGAAACGAAUGCGGCGUUCUCAACAUGCGAGGAAAGAGACAGAGUUCCUGCGUCUGAAACGUACUCGACUGGGUCUCGAGGACUUUGAGUCCCUCAAGGUGAUCGGCCGAGGAGCUUUCGGGGAGGUCCGCCUGGUGCAGAAGAAAGACACGGGUCAUGUGUACGCCAUGAAGAUCCUCCGCAAAGCCGACAUGCUGGAGAAAGAACAGGUGGGUCAUAUCCGUGCUGAGAGGGACAUCCUGGUGGAGGCAGACAGUCUGUGGGUGGUCAAAAUGUUCUACAGCUUCCAGGAUAAGAUGAACCUCUACCUCAUCAUGGAGUUCCUGCCUGGAGGAGACAUGAUGACCCUGCUGAUGAAGAAGGACACUCUGACAGAAGAAGCCACUCAGUUCUACAUCGCAGAGACGGUGCUGGCCAUCGACUCCAUCCACCAGCUGGGCUUCAUUCACAGAGACAUCAAACCAGACAACCUGCUGCUGGACUCCAGGGGUCAUGUGAAGCUGUCAGAUUUUGGUCUGUGCACGGGUCUGAAGAGAGCUCAUCGGACUGAGUUCUACAAGAACCUGAACCACAGCCUGCCCAGUGACCUCAGCAAGCAAACUUUCCAGAACAUGAACUCCAAGAGGAAAGCAGAGACCUGGAAGAGGAACAGGAGGCAGCUGGCUUUCUCCACAGUCGGGACCCCGGACUACAUCGCUCCAGAGGUCUUCAUGCAGAACGGAUACAACAAGCUCUGUGAUUGGUGGAGCCUGGGCGUCAUCAUGUAUGAGAUGCUGAUAGGUUACCCUCCGUUCUGCUCAGAGACACCUCAGGAGACGUACAGGAAGGUGAUGAACUGGCGAGAGACGCUGAUCUUCCCCCCAGAAGUGCCUAUUUCAGAGAAGGCCAAAGACCUCAUCCUCAGGUUCUGCUGCGAGGAGGAACACAGGAUCGGUGCCGCAGGAGUCGAGGAGAUCAAGUCCAACCCGUUCUUUGAGGGAGUGGACUACGAUCAUAUCAGAGAGAGACCAGCUGCCAUCCCCAUCGAGAUCAAAAGCAUCGACGACACCUCAAACUUUGACGAGUUCCCCGAUUCAGACAUCCUCACACCCACAGCUGCUCCGGUGUCCAACCAGACCGAGGCCGACCUGAAGAACAAGGAUUGGGUCUUCAUCAACUACACCUACAAACGCUUCGAGGGCCUCACGGCUCGAGGGGCGAUUCCGUCCUACAUGAAGUCCGGGAAGAGAUGAAGCCGGUCCCACAGGAUUUAAAACCGACAGCACCAUGACAUCUGAACGAGUCGUCCAAACCCCCCGAGAGGAGAACUCUGUCUGUUCUCCGAUACCUGAGCGUUACCUCAGAACGAAUAAUAACGGGGCUCACUUUCAUCUGCUGCUUUCCACCGUAGGAACUGCUGCCUUCACCUCUGCAGUCUUCUCUUUCUUCUGAUUCUUCCGAGGGUACCCUUUUUUAUUCUUCCUGCUCGUGUGCGAGAACUGAACUGGGAUUAAAGGAUUCUGUGGGACGCCUUCAUUCCUGAUACCAGCAUCAUUUACAUUCCCUCUCUGUAAACCAGCACCAGUCUGUUGGAUCUACCAAGGGCUCCUCCUCUCUUUCCACUCAUCACUCGUCGACUUAUCAGCUGAAAUGUUUCUUUUAUUUUUAGUCUCCACUUGAAGGUAACCAGGUGCUCUUCAGGGAUUCUGUCCAAAUGUUCCUCUUGGUUUCCUGCUGGAGCUCGCUGAGGCUUCUUCAGACGGCCGAACCAAAGACUGUGAGCUGAACUGUGUUUCUGCUUCAUCUCUGUCACGUCGCUUCUUAGAACUUUUAUAGGUCGAAUAUUUGCCAGAUCUGCUCGUUGAAUUGAUUAGAAGAGAAUGAUGCAUUUUGUCGAGUCUUGUUACAUUUUGGCAGUGACCCCCACCUUCCCCCCCCUCCUUAAUUUUCUGACACCUUUAGCACCUUAAAAAUGUUUGAUGCGACUCUCAGUCCAGUCAGGCCUACAGCUCAGUAAAUGUGUGUUUGGUUUGUGUGUUUUUAUUGAUUUAGAAAAGUCAAAGUGUGGCCGCAGAGUGACACCAGGAUCUACAAACUGAAGUCAAUAUUCCCCCACAAAUAUCUGCAGAGUUAAGAUGCACAGAUCUGAAACUAAAGUUGGAUCUCUGUCUGAUUUGUACUCAAAUAUCUGGACUUCUUAUCGGAGAACGUUGGGCUGAUUCUGCACAGAUCUUUCAUCGUUUGCAAACACUUAACCGUUUCUCAGUCUCCCUGCGAAACUUCAAAAGUCGUUUAAAAUGUGCUUUAUUACAAAAUUCUUAAACAUUGCUCCUCCCUAGUCUUCCAAACAGUCAGGCUGACUUGCUGAUUUCUGCAAGUGUGAUAGCCACUGUAGGACACCAAAAUUGCGCUGUCAUUAAAAAAUCUACGAAGACGUGAUGACAGCUGAUCUUAGCUACAGUCUGAAAAUGGUUUCCUUGUGUUUCUGAUCGGGCUGUCGGCUUCUCGGUUUGUCUUGAGUUGCAGCAGAAACAACAGAGAAGCUGAAGUCAGACCGAGAGGAGAAAACUGUCCCAAUAAGAGUCAUUAUCCACAGUCACAGGGAGACGUUCUCCACACAGACACGUCACCAUGAUAUUAUUUAAAACAUCAGUUACAUUGAGGAGUGUGUCGUAGAUCAGCAGCUUUGUGGGGAUAAAUAAUGUUUCAUCAGUUUGUCAAAGCUCUGCUCUGUCGUCAGGCCUUUGUUUCCCCUCCUCUGCUUCUUCACAGGACAUGAGAUUAGUUUGCUUGUUGAGUUAUUUUUUGUAUAUUUAAAUUUGAUGAUGAUGUCAGAAUGUUUGAUGUCAGCUGGAGGGUCACUCAGCAUUACUUUCUUCACCCUGAAUGUUUGUGUUGGUUUUUUUUU